AAAGCUGUCUAAUCAAAGAGCAAAGAUGCAGAGCACUUCGAAUUACCUCUGGCUGUUGUCCGACGUUCUAGGACAGGGAGCUACUGCAAAUGUUUUCCGGGGACGACAUAAGAAAACUGGAGAUUUAUAUGCUGUCAAAGUGUUUAACAGUAUAAGUUUCCUUCGUCCUGUGGACGUCCAGAUGCGAGAGUUUGAAGUAUUGAAGAAACUAAAUCAUAAGAACAUUGUCAAAUUGUUUGCCAUCGAAGAAGAGACAACGACUAGACACAAAGUGCUAGUUAUGGAAUUUUGUCCAUGUGGGAGUUUAUAUACCGUUUUAGAGGAGCCAUCUAAUGCCUUUGGUUUGCCAGAGUCUGAGUUCUUAAUUGUUUUGAGAGAUGUGGUGGCUGGGAUGAAUCAUCUCCGGGAGAAUGGAACAGUGCACCGCGAUAUCAAACCAGGCAAUAUAAUGCGUGUUAUAGGUGAAGAUGGUCAGUCUGUUUACAAACUUACAGACUUUGGUGCUGCAAGAGAACUUGAAGAUGAUGAACAAUUUGUUUCUCUCUAUGGCACAGAAGAGUAUUUACAUCCCGAUAUGUACGAGCGAGCAGUUUUGAGGAAAGAGCAUCAGAAAAAGUAUGGAGCAACAGUUGAUCUGUGGAGCAUAGGGGUGACCUUUUACCACGCUGCAACAGGAAGUUUGCCUUUCCGACCUUUUGAAGGACCUCGUAGAAACAAGGAAGUGAUGUAUAAAAUAAUCACUGGAAAGCCUUCUGGUGCUAUUUCUGGAAUACAGAAAGCAGAAAAUGGACCAAUUGAGUGGAGUUGGGAGAUGCCUGUUUCUUGUAGUCUUUCAAAGGGUCUGCAAGUACUACUCACACCUGUCCUGGCGAAUAUUCUGGAAGCAGACCAGGAAAAAUGCUGGGGAUUUGACCAGUUCUUUGCAGAAACGAGUGACAUACUGCACCGAAUAAUAAUCCACAUCUUUUCAGUACAGCAGAUGACCUUGCACAAAGUUUAUAUUCACAGCUAUAAUACAGCUGCUAUAUUUCAUGAGUUGGUCUACGAACAGACAAAAAUACCAUCUCAGAAUCAAGAACUGAUAUAUGAAGGUCGGCGUUUAUUACUAGAGCCUGGCAGAUUGGCACAGCACUUCCCCAGAACAACUGAGGAUAACCCCAUCUUUGUAGUCAGCAGGGAGGCUGUGAACAUUGUUGGAUUAAUCUAUGAAGAAGGUAUAUGAAAGUAACUUCCCCUUUCUUAUA